AAUCUUCUAAAUAACAAUUAAAAUUUACUGUAUGCCUGUAACUGGGAGUUUUUUAUUGGAUUUAGGAAGUUUCUCAGCUUUGACCAGUGAAUUUACCUCUAACUUUUUUUCUUGCUGUUUAAUUAUUUUAAAGAAGGUUGCUCAGUGAAGGUAAUCAUUCCCUUUACAAAGUUGUUAGAUUGUUCAGUUCAAAAUGCCAACAAUUUACAAAUGCUUGAAGAUGUUCUGUUAUUGUGCUAAUUCAGCAUACUUAUCAGUAAACUGUCUAUUUGGCACAUACUUUUGUAGUCAGAGGCAUAUUUAAUUCCUGCGUGCGGUCUGUUAACUGGGUAUAUAUAAAAAUUGACUGAGGUUGAGGCUGCAUUGCUACCAUAAUCUUGAUGAUCAGUUGAGGAGAAGUAAAAGAAGAAAAGAAAAACAUAUGCUCUUUUGCAUCACUUUUCUCAGACUUAAUAAGCAACUGCCCAGAUUUUUUCAAAAUGCACAGGUUCUGUGUGAGAACUGUGUUAUUGUUCCUUUCCUCAACCAUCUGUGUUCCUGCCAUAAAAAGAGAGCAUUUUAUACAGAUAGAAGAGGUGCACUGGAACUACGCACCCAGUGGGAUGAAUCUUAUUCAAAAUCGAACCAUCGAUGAGGAUGAAGAGGCCUCAAUUUUUCUGAAAAGAGGUCCCCAAAGAAUUGGUGCGGUCUACAAGAAAGCUAUCUACAAGGAGUACACUGACGCCACCUACUGUAAAGAGAUGUUAAAGCCUGAUUGGCUUGGUUACAUGGGCCCAUUGUUGAUGGCUGAGGAGGGAGACACAGUUGUAAUCCAUCUGAAAAAUUUAGCAUCCAGACCUUACACUGUCCACCCGCAUGGACUGGCUUACACCAAAGGCAAAGAGGGAGCCUUGUAUCCAGAUGGAACCGGCCCGAUGCUGAAGGAGGAUGAUGCAGUGCCUCCUGGAAAAGUCUUUAGCUACGAGUGGAUCCUUACAAAAACCCACAGUCCAACAAGUGAUGACAGUAACUGUGUGACCAGGCUUUAUCACUCUCAUUUGAACACAGUAAAGGACAUCAACUCAGGAUUAGUUGGACCUCUCAUUAUCUGUAAAAAAGGAACUCUGGAUGCAUGUGGUGACAAAUAUGCAAACCAAGCCUUCACUGUGAUGUUCCUGGUGUCAGAUGAAAACAUGAGCUGGUACAUUGACGACAACAUAAAAAAAUUUGUCUCAGAUCCUACUGAGGGCUUGAAAGACGAUCCGAAUUUUAUCGAGAGUAAUAAAAUGCACGCUAUCAAUGGUUUUAUGUAUGGUAACCUACCCGGACUAAACAUGUGCCAAGGCAACAGGGUAAACUGGUACACUAUUGGCUUCGGCAAUGAGGUGGACAUGCAUUCAGUUCAUUUCCACGGUCAGAUCCUGACUGCUCUGAACCACCACACAGACACGAUCAGUCUGUUCCCGGCCUAUAGCGUCACAGCCAAAAUGGUUGCACAAAGCCCUGGACUCUGGCUGCUGGCCUGCAACGUCAAUGAUCAUUUCGUAGCUGGAAUGCAGGCUUUCUUUAAGAUCUUCAAUUGUUAUCCUAAUGUUCAUGAGACAAAGCCAGCCUACAAACUGAGAGAAUACUUCAUCGCUGCUCAGGAGCAAGUCUGGAACUAUGCUCCUAAUUUUCCAAAGGAAAGUGAGGCACAGACAUUUGUGAGCAACGGUCCAGACCGCAUAGGAAGCAGCUACAAGAAGGUUCGCUAUGUGGAAUACACCGACAGCAGCUUUAGAAAGAAGAUGCAAUGGAGCUCGGAACAGGAACACCUAGGAAUUUUGGGUCCUGUUCUGCGAGCUGAGGAGGGAGACAUCAUCAGGGUUGUGUUCAAAAACAAAGCCAGCCGGCCGUACUCGAUUCAGGCCCAUGGGGUGCAGUACACAAUAGAUCAGGACGGAACACUCUACAACAACAGAUAUAAAGGGAACGGGACUCCAAUGCCAGCUUCUUUUGUCAGACCUAGGACAGUGCACACCUACGAGUGGACGGUGCCACACGGUGCAGGACCUGUGAAGGGAGAAUCUGACUGUCUGACAUACCUGUACUACUCUGCUGUCGACUCAGUUAAGGACACCAGCUCCGGUCUGGUGGGACCUCUUCUUAUCUGUCGGCCUGGAUCUCUGGAAAGAGGGAUGCAGAAAAAAUAUAACAAAGAGUUUCACCUCAUGGCCACAGUGUUUGAUGAGAACCUCAGCUGGUAUCUUGAUGACAACAUUCAGACUUUCACCACAUCUCCUCGGACAGUUAACAAGGAAGAUGAAAGUUUCAUGAUGAGCAAUAAGAUGCACGCAAUCAAUGGGUUUGUGUUUAACAACUUACCUGGCCUAAGGAUGUGUAAAGGGGACAAAGUCUCUUGGCACCUGUCGGCGCUGGGAUCAGAGACGGACAUCAUCAGCCUUUAUUUCCAGGGCAACCGUUUCAUCUACCGGCAGAACAGACAAGACACCAUCAGCGUUUUCCCUCACAUCUCACACACCGUCACCAUGGAGCCGGACAGCAUAGGCCAGUUUGAAGUGGUGUCUGCCACAUUGGACCACUAUCGCUAUGGGAUGCGAGCCAACUACAUUGUGGAGGGGAGUCAUUCGUAUCGGCGCCACAACAAUGGGAUAAUUCACUCAAGAAAAUACUUCAUUGCUGCUGUAGAAACAGAAUGGGACUUCUCUCCAAGCCGUGCCUUUGAAGCAGAAAUGUACAAGGGUGCAAAUAAUCCUGCCAUAAUCUUUGUGGAUCGACAAACUGGAUUCAUAGGAUCCCGUUACAAAAAGGUUGUUUACCGGCAGUUUACCGAUUGCACGUUUACUAAAGAAGUGAAACGAGGAGAUGAUAUGAAGCAUCUUGGCAUCAUGGGUCCAAUAAUUAAUGCUUUUGUUGGUGAAAAAGUUGAAAUUGUUUUUAAGAAUAUGGCAUCCAGACCAUAUUCUAUCCAUGCACAUGGAGUCAAGACAGAUUACCCCCAUGUAUAUGAAACAAAACCAGGUGAAAUUCAUUCAUACACCUGGUACAUUACCAAAAAUACAGGACCGACCCCUAAACAGGAGCCAUGCAUUGCUUCAGCGUACUACUCCACUGUUGAUGUCACAAAGGACCUCAACAGUGGACUGAUUGGUCCACUGGUUAUCUGCCGUGGCUGGAAUAGGAUUUUUCGACUAAAGAAAGACGUGAAAGAGUUUGCAACACUGUUCUUCAUCUUUGAUGAGAACGACAGCUGGUAUCUGGAUGAUAACAUCAGAAUCUACAUCAGAAACCCUCAACCAAACUUAAAAAGUGAUGCAAACUUUUUGGAAAGCAACAAAAUGCAUGCCAUCAAUGGUUAUGUUUACGGUAACCUUCACUUGUGCAUGGAAGUUGGUGAUGAGGUUUACUGGCAUAUCAUGGCAAUGGGCAACAUAGUGGACAUACACACAGUACACUGGCAUGGCCACAGUGUUGAAUAUAAGUUGGGAGGAAAUCACUACCGCACUGAUGUCUAUGAGCUGGUUCCAGCCACGUUUCAGACGACGAAGAUGCAUCCUGUGUAUCCCGGUUCUUGGCUGUUCCACUGUCACGUCCACGACCACAUUAAAGCUGGAAUGGAAGCCAUAUAUACCGUCCUUGAAAAACGCAAGGGUCCACCAAAAUACUGAGAUGACAACUAAAAAUGAUGUGAAGCCAAACCCAUCUUUUUUUUCUCUUUUACAUCUAGUAAACUGCUUAUACUUAUAUAGUGCUUUACUUUCUGCUUUGAAGGCCCAAAGUGUUUCGUAACAUGUCCUUAAAUACACACGUACAUGUACCUA